AUGGCCCGACCAGCGCCAGCACCGCCAUACGAUCCCGACUUCGAUAUAACGCAUUUCAUCGACGAGUCGCAUUUUGCUAACGAGUUUAUCGAUUCCGACGAGGGGAGCCCACUUCCCGACCUACUCGACUCCGAUGCCCCGAGCCCGCGCCCUCACCGCCCGCACAGCUCCGGGGCCAACUCCUUCCACGCCAUGCCGGACGCUCCGCAAGACUGCGGUUCUCCCUCGGAGGCCUUGGGCCUCGUGAGCGCCAGCUCCCGCUCCGGAGACGGCCACCGCGGGUCGACAUUCGACUCGGCAUCUUCCAAGAGGACGUCAACGACUGCAUUGACGCAACUGACAGCGGGCGACCUGCGGAUCGACGGCAAUGGUGGUAACAAUAAGGUGGAUUGGGACAUGAUGGGCGGUAGUGGUGUAUUCACGGGGUCCGACAGUACAGUGUUUCCGGCUGGGGAUCCCGGGUUUGAGUUUGUCGAUGGCAGUGUUGUCGGACAGUCGCAGCUCCAGAGCCCGAUGGACAGCCCCAGCCCGUUUGGCUCGGGGCUAGCUACGCUGUCGCCGGAUACUAUUAUGGCCUCGCCAUCUGCGUGCGAAGAUAGCUAUCGGGUAAGCUUUUUUUGUCUUGGGCCGUCCCGUCCCGUUCCACGUGUGCACACCACCACGCAGCGGUUCACUUUCACGCCCCCGAGCCGGCAAUCGGAUGCAGCGCCCAAGGGGACUACACGCAUGCGUCAUUCCCAAGCGCCAGCCGCGCUGAAGUAUGAGUUCCGCGGUCCACAGGAUGCAAGCAUGAACAUGGGGGGUAUUGCUGGGUUUAUGGACCCCAUGUAUCACCAAAACGCACAGCCGCCCCCGAUAGGGGCACCAUUCUUUCCGACGAACACACAGAUGCCCGUACAACCUCCGGCGGAAUAUCAGCCCCAUGGUCCCGGACCGUACAACCUAGAAGUCGGCGCUACCAACACAAAAUCCCGAGUUGAAACACAAAUUACUAUCAAACUACGACUGCCGCAACUCCCGCAUGGCGUCAGCAAGGUCCACCUCCCCAAGCACACGAUUAGCAAGCCAAAGUUUUGGACGAAGCCGCCCCCGCAACCAUCCCCGGACACGCUUGAGUUGCACGCCAUCUUGGUUUGCACGAGCGCGAUGCAGAUCCCACAGCAGAGGGUGGGUGCCCUGCAACGAGCCCAGAAAGCAGCGGGGCUGCGGACAAAACCGGACCCUGAGAGCCAAGAGGAGGAUGUAAAAACGCAAGAAGGGGGGGAGGUACGGAUUUGCGAGAAUUGCAUUGGCAGGGAACGGAAGCGGGCCGGGCGGAAGAAGUCCAAACAUCCGCAGGACGAAGAGGCCUGGAGGAAAGAUGAGGCUCGGCGUGUGAUUGUGUUCAACACCCAGGAGGUCAAGGAAUGGGCGCUGCAGAACCAUCCCGAGACAGGCCUUCGGCGUUUCUGGCAAGUGGAGGCCCCAAUGAGGAUAGCCUGCUAUUGCCGACACCACGCGGAAAAGCAAGGGUUUCAGAUCAUCUUCACCCUCACCGACCAUCUCGGCAAGCUGGUCGCCCAGACGAUGUCCGAGUCCAUCAUGAUCACCGACGACCACAAGACCACGAGCCCCAACCCGGUUCCUAAGACAGUACCCGGUGUUCCCGGGGCCAUACUCACGCCGCGAGAAGAACUGCCUCUCCAAGUCGCCCCUGGUCCCGGACCAGGGCCUUCGCUGGAGUCGUCCCCCAGCCUGGACCUCCAGGCUGCGAGACGCGGUUCCGCCGGAUCAACCUGUAUCUCGACAGGACCACUUGACCAGCUGCAGCCAGCGCUGGGUGCUCAGCACCUCUCGCGCCCGGCGUCGCCUUCUUUUGGCUCAGGGCCAGCAAAACGACGACGAGGGAACCACUCGAUCCACAAGAUCCCUACUGACUUGGCCAUGACGCCGCUGGACACGUCGUUCCUCACAGCUCCACGGAUGCCCAACUCAGCCACCGGCUCGGCUAUGGUCACGCCAGCAUCUUCGUCAUUCUCUCCCACACCGCCCCCGGCCUUCCUCCCGACACCCGCAGAUUUGCAGCUCUUUGGGCCCAACGCAGCCGCCGGCCCCGAUGCAACCGCGGUGAACCCGUUUGGAAACAGCCCGCACACGGCUGCCAACGGCGGCCAGCUGCUCUCGCCGGAUCCUAGCCGGGCGCCAAGCCUCGCGAACCUGGCCAUGAGCAUGCCGCUCUUUGGUCAACCUCCCGCACCUCGCCCGAACCAGGUCGCUGCAAACCCCGCCACGCCUCGACACAUGGCCGGUAUUGCCCCAGGGCAAGGCAGGGCGCAGCCACCUCCUACGCAGAAAGUCAUCUUCAAGGUUAUCCCCGGAGAAGGCCCCGUGGCUGGUGGUGUUGAGGUGACUCUGAUGGGUCAAGGAUUCGAGGCUGGUAUGCAGGUUAUGUUUGGCGACAAGCAGGCCCCAGGCACCAUGUUUUGGUCGUCGGAGUCGAUUAUCUGUCUGCUGCCCCCUUCGGAGACUGCGGGUAUGGUCCCGGUCAAGAUCAAGGGGCAGAACAUGGGACCGCAGUGGUUCCGCUACGUGGAUGAUAGCGAGCAGCAGCUGCUCCGCACGGCGCUCAUGAUUCUGGGCAACAAGAUGACGGGCGGAUACGAGGACCCGGCCGAGUUUGCUCGCCGCAUCAUCAAAGAAUCCUCGGGCGGCUACCCGUCGGGCGGUGGUGACAUGUCCGGUGGUAGUGGUGCUGGCAAUGGUGGCGGUAAUGCUGAGGGCUCUACCAGCCGGGCAAUGGAAAACUUUGAGGGCCACCUUCUCAAGUUGAUGGAACUGAUGGACCUUAGCAACAGCACCCGGAAACCACGGCUGAACCUGAGGCGGAGGGCGACGGGGCAGACGAUGCUGCACUUGGCUUGCAAGAUGGGCCUGCACCGCUUCGUGGCUGGUCUCCUGGCCCGUGGCGCCAACCCGGACCCGCGCGACAACGGCGGCUACACGGCCCUGCACAUGGCCUCGAUGAGCAACCACGCCGAGAUUGUGCGGCUCUUGAUUGCCCACGGGGCGGACCCGACCUUGAGGACGCUGUCGGGCCUUACAGCGGCCGACGUCACCAAGUCGAAGGACGUGAUGCGCAUCAUCCACCGCUCUGAGCAGCACCGGCGGUCGCUUAGCGAGGAUUCGUCGCAUAGUCGCCCGCACAGCCGGGCCCAUAGUCGUGCCCACAGCCGUGUGAACAGCGUGACGAGCUUCAAAUCGCUGCGUUUGCAGGCUCCGGCGUCGCAGGAAGUGGCUGACACGUCAAGCGAUGAGCCCAGUCUCGGAGAGGACGACAGCCCAGAGGAGUACUCUGAGGCGUACUCGUCCGAGUCUGGCGCUGGCGAGCCGACGGACACCCGUCUCCGCCGCAAGAGCACCGCGAACACGCCCGCGCGUACGAGGAGCCCGUCUCGUUUCCGACGGCGAGGCACCGACGCCACGGGGGCUCUGAUGGUGGCCAUCAAGGACCAAGUCGCGGCUCAAUUCCAGCAACUUCACCAGCGGAUGGAGUCGCACCUGCAAUACCUGCCCCAGCUUCCGCAGCUCCCUCAACUCCCCCAACUGCCUCAGUUCCCGCAGUUCGCCCAGUUCCCCAACUUCCCACAGAUGCCCAACAUGCCGCCGUUGCCCGAGUACCAGAACCCCGUCCUUCAACGCCUCGCGACGAUUAUCGGCGCCACGCGGCCUGGCCCAGGAGAGGACGCCGGCCCGAACCGGGAAGGCGCAGGCACUACCGAGAGCGCCUGGCAGUACUAUCUCUCUCCUUUCUCAGCCAAGGCCGCUACGCCGCCCCCGGCCUAUGACGAGUUGUUCCCCGGACGCGGUGGUAGCGGGACCGACUUGGACAUCAAGCGGAUGUCUGCCGCGCAGGCGACCGCGGAUACAGUGGCGGAUGCUAAGUGUGCGGCUUUGUUCGACCAGCAGACGGAAACCACUUCAGCAGCAGGGACCUCAGCUGCUACUGCGAGGGUCGAGACAAGCGCCAACACCGAGGAAGCCGAAGAUUCAGAAGGCCAAGAGAUCCCUGCGCUCUUGCAGAUCGGACGGAAGGAUGCCAUCACGCAGGAGCAACAGGCCACGCUGCGGCGGGCGCAUGCGCAGAACCUCAAGAGGUUGAGCUGGGAUCGGAAUCUAUUUUUCGUUUGGAUCCCUCUGCUCAUCCUUAUUGUCGGCGCCAUGGCCUACCAUGGCAUGCCGGGGUUCGUCUCGGCCACGCGGGCGCCCAUGUCAGUUCUACCCAAGGUCCAGGUUCAAGAUGUUGCUGCUGAGCCGGUGGUAGUUGCUCAGAUGGAGGUUGGUGGGGAAUUGAAUGGGGUUGUUAAUGCCGUGUGA